AUGGACGACUCCGACACCGAGCCCGAUCUCAUCCUGCGUGCGCGGCCGCAAAACUUGCCGCCGCCUCCCGCGCCCCGGCAUCCCAUCCCGUCGAUGCAAGAAGCGUUUGCCGAGUCGCUGAUCGAGGCCACCGCAGGCGCCGCAUCGCCAAAGCCAAAACUGCGCACCGGCGACGCCAAGGCUCGCCGAGAUGCCCUACUGGACCAGGCAAAGAACGAUGGCCCUCCCAUCCCGGAAUGGCGUUUUCGCCCCGGCCAGACAAGCCACGAGCUGCGCAGGCUCAUGGCUCAAAUUUCGUUUGGUGUCUACCUGCUGCUUAACGGCAUGGCAAACAGCCAGAUCUCCGUCGUCCAAAUCCUCCAAGGUCACAUCGACGAGGUGGACGAGUUCCUAGAAACGGCGCUCGAAGACAUUGCUCUAGCGACCAAGGAUCUGAAGGGGCGCAUCGAACACCUCAAGCUCCCCAUGGACAACAUUGACGUCUUCGAAAAAAUGCUCGAGGACCGCAAUUUCCGCUUGCAGAUUCUCGACGGGAACCAGAAGAUUGAACACAUCCUGGCACGCACCGAAGUUUCCAUCAAGCAGACCAUGCAGGACCUUGAGGCUGGCGUCAUUUCGACGAGGGAGUUCAACUUCUAUCUGGCCGAACAAAGAGACGGCCAAUGGCGGUACGAGCGUCCCGACAUGAUUGACAUUUUUGAUGCGAUGAAAAGAAAUACGGAUGGUUGGUUCAACGCACUCCUUGAUCUGCAGUCCAAAGGGAGCAAUCUCAAGACUCUCAUUGCCAAGCUCAGUGGAAUGGUUUCCGAGAUCGAGCGGAGGGCCGGCGAGGUUAGCCGCAGAACAAGGUUUAGCAUCGAGCCUUACAGCUCACCGGGCCAUAGCCCUCGACCAUCUAAUUCAUCCUCCGUCACGACGCCCCCGACAACCCCAGGACCCAGGGUUGCCAAUUCGCCCCCUCGAAUCUCCCUCAGACUCAGCCCGUUGAAGCAAAGCGAGCCCAUAUCUUUUAUGGACAUUCGGCUGUAUGAGGAAUCGUUGUUCGGCUCCCAGGAUCGACCUGCGCCGGCACACGAGACGCGGCAGGCACACGAGGCACUAGUAGAGGCAACAUUAACUGAAGUUGGAGACCAAGGCCUAAUUCCAAGGUCGCCCCCAGUCCGCAAUCCUCGACGGCUUUCUGAGCGUCCGACCCCAUCCCCAGUCCCACCACAGGAACCCAUCGUGGAGGAGCUUGAGAAUGAUGGCCCCCUAUAUAUCCUACAGCCACGAACCUACACGCCGCAGCCCCCUUCGCCAUUACCUUCACCCUUUGUAAAGAACGAGCGACCCAGGUCAAGAGCAGAGCCUACACACCAAGGUUUCCACUCGCCUGCCCCCUCUGCUGAUGCUUCAGGACGGCAGUUACUGGAGCCGCCGACCAUCAUCGUCGAGCAUGCACAGUUGAGAUCACAGCCGUCGAAACCGAAAUUGGUUGCGAUUGGAGCGAGGGCAGACCCGAGACUGCUUCACAGGAUAGACACAAGGCCGGACUCUGGACUGGAAUCACAGCCAGAGACCGAAACGGAGACGGAGACGGAGGAAGGGAAGCACUCAAGGCACAGAUCUUCGCUCAGAGAGCGUAUCUCGCUGAAAAUGACGCCGCCAGAAGCCAUCCAGGUUCCAUCACAUAUGCUCGAUGUUGAGCGGCCGCGGUACCAGUCUCCCCGCGCUUACCAUUCACCCGACUCUGCAUACGUCUCAGACAUAGAACGGCCACCCGUCAACUCGAUGGCGUCCAUUGACCGUUCACUUUCGGACUUCUCCCCACCGUAUAUUCAUCCGGGCUUGAUCCCCUCGCCGCACUCGGACAAACAAUAUUUCCGCCCAAUCAAUGGGAAUCCACACUCGCCUCUGCAACAGAGGCCACACACAGCGGGAAGUAACCGUUUCCCACAACCGCAGCGGAACAUUCCGUCUGCGAUGGGCAUGAGUAUGCUGAGCAAUGUGACGACGACAACGAGCAAGACAGACAGGACAGAAGGGGAUCGGAGCUUGAAGAAGAAGCGUAGCGCGUUUGGGUGGCUCAAAAAGGCUUUCUCUCUCGAUGACGAAGAGCGCGCGGCGUUUGAGCAGAAGAAGAAAGAGGAGUCUAGGAAUCUAUACUACGAUGGGAAGAGCCCUAAAUUCCUGGAUGGCCGUCGUAUCCAGCCACGCCCGAGCCCUCAUCCAAGCCCGUCAUUCUACCGCCAAGGUUGA